AUGGCCCCGGGAGGGCAGGCCGCUCAGGAGGGCCUCCCGGAGCGGAAGCUGGAGUCGGUCCAACUCCCAACUGUUUGGAACCCUCGAGGAGCGAGGAGCCGGCGCACUGCGCGCGAAAGGGGGACCGCGGGCGCCGAGGAGACCUCGGGCGCCGCUCCUCGGGCUGGCCCCCAGGGGGCGCUGCGACGACGCCCAGAAGUUGGGCAGCCAUGUGGUCACCAGAAGGCCUCGGUGGAGCCUGGAAAAUGGAGUAAAGCCAACAGGCGGUGUGGCCGGCAGGAAAAAAGGGAGCGGGGCAGGGGCCUGAGCGGGUCCGGCUCCGGGGCAGCAAGGCGGGCGGCAGAGGAGACGAGGGCGGAGUGGAGCGGCGCCCGGGGCGGUCAGAGCCGCGUGCCGGGGCGGCGAGGCGAGUGCCGAGCCCGGAGGAAGGCGCGGGGUGGCAGCCCAGGAGCCAAAGCCGGCCCCGCCGGCGCCACAGCUUCGCUUCCGGUCUCAGGAUGUCUCUUUCUGGCCGCCGAUAUCUUCGCCAUCGCCAGCAUCGCCAACCCGGACUGGAUCAACACCGGGGAGUCGGCGGGAGCACUCACUGUGGGCCUUGUGCGACAGUGUCAAACAAUCCACGGACGAGACCGGACGUGCAUUCCACCUCGGCUUCCCCCAGAGUGGGUCACCACACUGUUUUUUAUCAUCAUGGGAAUCAUUUCAUUGACUGUCACAUGUGGUUUGCUGGUGGCUUCCCACUGGCGAAGAGAAGCUACAAAAUAUGCUCGAUGGAUAGCAUUCACUGGAAUGAUCCUUUUCUGUAUGGCUGCCCUAAUAUUUCCAAUAGGAUUUUACAUCAAUGAAGUCGGAGGUCAACCUUAUAAAUUACCCAACAACACAGUAGUUGGGUCAUCAUAUGUACUUUUUGUCUUAUCAAUUUUCUUUACAAUAGUAGGACUUCUAUUUGCUGGCAAAGUUUGUUUACCAGGCUGAUGAAUGUCUAAAUUGCUUGACUCUUUUAUUAUUUUUUAUUUUAUUUUAUUUUUUUUAUGUUUGGAGAGUGGGGAGGACAAAAGCAAGGCAUCUGAGUAGUCCUCUCGUAGGAAGAUGCUUAGAUGAAACUGAUGCUGAAAAGGAAAAAAAUGCUUUGUUUUGUUCUCACUAUGCACUUUGGAUUUAAAAACAAAAAAUGAGAGCCUUUUCCAUAACCAAAUACAGACAGUAUUGACUAAAUCUCCUGAGCAUAUUCAGGCAGUUAGGUCUGCACUGUGAUAGCAACCUAGUGAAGGAGAAUGCUUUAUACUGAAAGCAUGUGGCCCUUUGUGAUUCUGUUGUUCCGUUUUUAAUGUCUAUGAUUGAUUUGAGGAAAAAAAAAGUCUAAUUAUUUAUGAAUCAUGGUGGACCAGAGGGAUGCAAGAGAAGUUCAUGUGGGGCUGGCCUCACCUCCUAAGAAAUUAGUGUUCACAGCUUCCUUGUAAUGGUAUGAGCCUUUGGCACCAGAAUGGAUUGCCAUUGCAUUACUGCACCAAGAAGCCAAUAGAUCAAAACUUGUUUGCUAAAAUGUAUGUAAAAAUUCUGAAAUUCCCUAUUCUCUGUGUACAAAAAAAAAA